AUGUCUUUAUCAAAUGAUUCAUUUCUUCGAUGGGAUGCGGCACAAGUAUCAACAUUCAUUAAUUCCAUAUUAAAAACAAAUGGAGGUGGAGAUCAACAACAACAAAUAGGGAAUCUCUUUCUUGACAACAAUAUCGAUGGAUCUUUACUUCCAUUCAUCACAACCGAUCAUCUAAAAGAAAUAGGAAUCAAUUCAUUACACACUCGAUUAUUAAUCAAGAAAGCAAUCAGUGAUUUGAUUAUCAAAAACUAUCAAAAGAAUCCACCAAAAUCAACCAAUGAUCCAGAACAUAAAUUACAUAAUCUAAACAUCAAUGAUAAUUAUGUUUCACAAGAAUCAUUAAACCUUUCAACGGUAUUAAUGAAAGAUAUGAUCAAGAAAUUAAGUAUUGAAAUUCAAAAACAUCCACAAUUUUCAGCUCCACUUGCUUCUCCAUCUCCUCAAGAUCUAAAACGAUUGAAUGAUAAUUUCACCAAACUAAAAGCCGAUUUGAUUCCAGUACUCAAAGUCCUAAAAGAAACAAAACCAUUACCUACACCUACAUUGGAUCCAGGAUCAACUGUUUCACUAUUGGAUUCAUCUCCAAUAUAUCAUACCUCAAGUGAGAAUUCUGAAAAGAAAGAACUCACAAGAUCAAAUAGUACAUCGACAUCAUCAGGACCAAAGGAACUGAAAACUCCAACUAGUCCAACUUAUUCCCAUAGAUUUUCGUCAGGGACGUUAUUAUCUAUGGGCACAGGUAAGAUCAUUUCACAGACCGUUCCAAAAUAUGUGGAACCAAAACUAGCAAGUAGUUUCAGUCUACAGAAUGUAUCUGAAAGUACAAGUUCUCAGAAUAAACAUCGACUCGGUAGUGGCACUGGAAAUGCCGCCACCCUGGGUGGUGCAUCAUUGGGAUCCAAUCUCGAAAAUCAACAGCAUUCUAAAAGGGCAUCAUCUCAUUCUCCAAAUGUUCCACCGACAGCUACAUAUAGACAUCAAGAUAAACCUCCAGGCACCACCGCAGCUGGAACUGCAGCUAGUGGAACUACUACAAAUAGUUCAACCAUGGGGGGAUCAACUACAUCAACCCAUCCGACCAGCAGCAGUAGUGGCUCAAAUGAACCACUUAAACAAUUACGUGCAUCCACCGAUGAUUCAUGUUUGAAAAUCUUACAACAAGCCAUGAAGCGUCAUCAUAUCCCCAAAGAAGAUUGGUCGAAAUAUGUAUUGGUCAUAUGUUAUGGAGACAAAGAAAGGAUAUUGAAAUUGGCAGAGAAACCAGUUAUAAUAUUUAAAGAAUUACAAGAAUUGGGUAAACACCCUGCUAUUAUGCUUAGACAAUUGGCGGAUGCAAAGAUGAAUAAUCUUGAGGAUGAUGGUACGCUUUAUGAAGAUUCUAGAAUUGGGAGUGAUAUUCCGGGUGGGCUUUUAUAG